CAGAAACUGUGAGUCAAUAUAAUUCGCUCUUUUCCAAAACUUACAUUUUUCAGUUUUAAUUAUUCGCACUUAUUAUGAAUAGAAAAUAGCUGUCACAUAAAAUGGAUAGUGUACUGGAAAACCCUUCCCUUCCAUCUUUAUUGGAUUUUAUUGCCGAUCCUGGAUUAAUCGAGAAAUACGCUAACGAAAACCGGAACGGCCCCUCGGUUCCCCAAUUGAUCGACCUGUUCCUGCGCCAGGCCAGCCUCGAGAACAUCAACGAGCCCUUCCUGCGGCUGGUGCGCGUUAGUCGUGUCGAUGUGGAUGAUCGAACAUUUCUGACAACGCGCAGGAAUCGCGCAGCGAAAACCAUCACGUUGAUGCUGGCCAGCGCAUUGAAAUGGGAUCUGGCCACGAUCGAAAAAGAUCUCUCCAUCACCAUGCAGUUUUGCCUGGUGCAGGAUAUGCUCAACACCGUGUUCAGCGGGACAGACUACUGCAGUUCCAUUGCGGAGCCGCAGAAUGCCCCGCAGAGGUCUUUAGCCGCGUUCACGGGCGAUGUUCUCAAGUACCUGGCCGAUCACUGCAUCUUUGGAUUAGCCUUGUAUUCGCGGUGGAUUCUACGAGCGCAUAUACAACGGAAAAUACCGAAGAAAGCCGCGAAAGGAGGGAUUGUCAGUAUUGGAGCCAUCACGGAUCCUGUUGUGCUGCGCGGACUCGAUCAGCAGACACAAGGCAAUUCCCUCAUCUGGUCGCUUUUUAGGCAAAUCAGUCGGGAAAAAGUAGCUCAUACAUCCGUGGAUUUGUUAGGAGAAAUUAUUAAAUUGGAUCGCGAUGCUUUUCGUGUUCCGAUCUCCACCUCCUUCGUCAUUCCAUCCAGCGCCACGAAAACAGUCGAACCACAUAACUGGAGUAUUGGACAGACGAUCUCCUUUAUCGAAAUAAAAAUGCAGAUCAUUUUCGACUUGGCGGGAUACUGGAUGUUUGAAGGCAAAUUAUCCCAAGCUGCAGAGUAUCUGCAAAUGUUGAAUAUCUUAUUGAAACAACGAUCCUUAUCCUCACUGGAAUUUGUUCGUAUCAGUGACAGCGUUUUAUAUAAUAUGUGCAAGAUUGCGAAUGUCCCAGUUGAUCCCUCCGUAUUAGCCACACCUGCUCCGACCGUCGUGGAGUUGGUUCCAUCCAUGAAGUCGAAAUUGUUGGAGAUCCUUCUGGAUGAUCUAAAUUCGGGAAAUAUAUCUGCGUCAUCCCGCAGCAGCCUGGAAUUAGAAAUCCAAAUGUCGGAAGACAAUACGGAGCGUGCCGUAUUGCAGAAAGUACGUUUGUGCAACUUAUUUCGUGAAUAUGUCGCAGGGAAGAGCGUCCCAUCGUUUGCACAGCUGCGAAAUAUUCUGGCGGAUGCCACACCUGGUGAUGCGGAAUGGAUGAAAACCGUGCUGAAUAGUGGGAGGUUGGAUGGGGAAUUGCGGGAGUCUAUCACGGAACAGUUGGGAUAUUUGGUCGAGCACGAUUUGUUGUCGAUCACGAUCAAAAAUAAAAUCUCCGAUUUUCUCAGUGAUUCGCCUCGGUCUCCUUCUUUAUCUCCAGCAAAAGGCUUACCGGAAGAUGUGGAAAUGUCGUCCGAACCUCCGUCUGUAAAAGAUUUGCAUCGCGCACUUCUAUCAGCUUGCACUUACUCUGCUAUAAAAAGUGCCGUGGUUCAGUUAAUCAACCAUCCCAGUUCAAAGAUCCCGAAUCUGAAACAGUUGAAUCCAUCCUGGCCAGAUAAAGUGCCGCCUACCCUGCGAGCGUCGUGUGCACCGACAUGGCCCGCUUCCACUGUAGAAUUAACCUUGGCGGUUUUUGCAAAAUCCACCGAUCUAGCGGAACAAGGCUGUUUUCGUGGUGCUCGUCUUCUGCUGAAACAGUUACGCACUGACCUGGCGGAGCUAUCCAGUGUGCCAAUGAAAUUCGACCGGAAUUUCCGCUGGCAGAAUACUUACGUAGAUUUAGCCGAAAGUCAGCAGAUGAUCGGGACAGUUGCCAUGUCCAAUGAUCUCCGUUUCGAAGCAGUGAAACGGGCCAAGAACUGUAUAUCAGCGGCGCUGAUGAAGCCACCGGAUGAAGAGCCGGUUCCGAUGUACGUGCAGAGUGUCGCUGUCAUGGUGCUGUUUAAUCUGGAAGAAUGGGAGUACAUCACGGAAGCAAUAGGUUUACAGGACCAGAAACGGAAGCCCACCUCUUCACGCUCCGUAAACGCAAUAUUCCCCUUUCUGAAGCAGUUGAUCUUGGCAUGUCAGGAAUACCAGCCACAGCGAGAGGAUUUAAUAACACAAUCCAAAGGUGGCCGCACUAAGCAGACCACGGUGCAUCGCCAGCACUGCAUGAAACUGUGGAACAACCUCUCGGCGGCAUUCUCCACGGUCGAUCCCGCCUUGGCCAAAAAACCUAGUAGUUCCUCCUCAUCGUCCACAUUAACAUCGGAAAUUUUGCUCCCGUAUAUUCGCAUGAUACGGCAUAAAUCUGCAGCGUAUCUGCUUUUCAGUUGCAUUUUCCGUAUGUGGAACGUGUCGAAUCGUGAGUCGGGAAGCUACACAAUAAUUACUGAAUUAUUGUGGCCCACGACCAUUCCCUUGCAUUUAAAAAUCCAACCGGAACAACUGCUCUCCGCCUUGGAAGGGAUGUUUAGUGUGACCGAGCAGUGUGCUGUCUGUGAUGCGGAGAUUAUGAUCAUCAAAGGUGAUUAUCAUUAUAACAAAGGUCAAUAUGAGUUGGCGGUGAAGAUGUACCUGCUCAGCGCGGUGGACGGCAAUGUUCCAGGAUUUUUGCACGCACCGAGAGUGCCGAAUUUCAGUCAAAAUACGCUGAAAAAAAUGGCAACCUGUUUUGAUUCGUUGCGGUAUUUUACGUACGUGGCAAUUAUUAGCCAGUUAAUGGAUCCUGUGGAUUAUGAUACGGCAUUCCGUGCUGUGGGAGAGAAAGUGACGUAUGAUGCGAGCGACGAAGCGUACCGCUUUAUUUGGGAUCCGCUGAUCCUCGAGCAGUUAGCGUUCUUGCUACAGAAAUGGGGAUUUCUUGAGAAACGCCAGAUUGCGGUGGACUUACUGCAGAACCACGCAAUGACGGCUGCCAAUCAACCCAGCAUCAUCGAAGGCUUAAUGAUGAAAACGGCUACGGAAUUUUUCGAGAUUUUAUUCGAUCAGUUUGUAAUUGGCUAAUAAGCUCAAAACGCCUGAAUUGAUCUGGUUGCUAGUGCUUUGUAAUUUUUACUUGGUAAUUUAAGUGUUUUUGUUAUAAUUUUAUGGUCGUGUGUACCGGCGUUGUAUGCCGGCCUUGUGGAAAUUCAGGAAACAUACGCUUGCGAUUAAUUAUCGAGUAGCAGGAUGCGUAUAUCGCGAUCGCGCUACAUGGGAAUGAAAU